ACACAGCUUUGGCAAGCAAGGCAUCGAUCCGAGAGAGAAAAGCACAGCACGGCAGGGCACGGCACGAAACAACACAACAAGACACAACACCACACGAAACGACACGAAACGACACACGACACGAAACGACACAACACGACACAACACGACACGAAACAACACGGCACACAACGAUGGUCACCGAGAAAGAGAAGAAGGCCAAGCUGCUCUACAUGGCCCAGUUCCAACCGGAGAAACACGCCACCAAGAUGGCCAAGAAAGAGGCCGGGUUCCUCGCCAAGGAGGAGGAACGCCGGAGGGACCACCUCCGGAGCCCCCCGGACAGGACGCAGAUGACGCCGAAGGAGAUCAAGAUUUGCGAGCGGAGGAUCGAGGGCGGGCGCAGGCUCCCCCCCGGGAAGGUCCGGGAACUGGCCAGGAGGUCCUCCUUUUCCGAGUUCUCGUACCACCUCGACACGGGCCUCGUGGUCUUUCGCGGCUCCGAUCCGGCCAGCGGGUCCUCCGCGAGCAUCCACGUCUACACGGAAGACGGGAUGGUGGCCACCUGCAUCUGGAGCAGGAGGAGGGGCCACGAGGCGGGUGCCAGUGGAAACCGAAACCGAAACGGAAACCGAAAGGCACACCCUUCGGGAGCAUGGGCGGAGGGUGCCACCACCAACGGGAGAACCCUGAACCUCUUUCCCUCGGUCGAGCUCGGGGGCCUCCGGGCCCUCCUCCGGAACCCGGGGAUCGGGUCCCAGACGGCCUUUUUCGGGGAGGACCGUUGCCGCGGGGCCGAGGMUUUUYCGGAGCCGGUGGCCUGGAGGAACGGGRGGGGCUCCCCCUUCUCCGACGCCGCGGUCCGGUGGGAGUACGUCUGCUCGGCGACGGGCCUCUCCACCGACAGGGCGACGGUGGACCACCUGGCGGGGGUUUGCGGCCUGUGGGAAACCUGGCGAAAGGUUGGAGCGGAGGAGGCCCUGGUGGGGGCGGUCCUGGGGGUGGCGAGCCGCAUGUUCCUCGGCUACCCCAUCGUGGCGCACCACCGUUUGGACGGGCCGUUCUUGCCGGGGUUGGUGCACCGGGGGGAGGAAGCGGCCGCCCWCGCGACCGCGGCGCUGGAGGCCCUGGGGAACCGGGACGCCAGGAUCGAGGCGAUGCGCUGGUGCCUGGGCCGCUGGCGGGACAACUAUUUCAUGACCGGGACGGCCAUCGUCUUUCCGAUCCAGACGGGCUUUUCCUUCGCCGUGGACGCGGCCCACACGGCGUACGGGAGGCUCGCCUACUCGGACAAGCUGCUGGCCACGAGCGGGUUCCGGCCGAUGUACGGAAGGUAGCGCCCCCGGCGGGCCAGCAAACCACCGGCACCGCCGGUGCCCGGAACGCAGGACUCCGUCCCUGCGGUUUUUCUAUAAAUCCGUGCACCCGUC